GCACCGCGGCCGCCGUUGUUCCCGCCGGCAGUUGCCGAGGGAGCGCCGAGGACGCGCCGGGCCGUUUCAGUUGCAGCUGGAGAAUCGUUUCAGUCGGAGUUUGUUCCUGGUGGAUAAGCCAUGCCUGUGUCAGCUGAUGAAACUGGGGGGGACCCAGCUGGGAGAGAUCCAGCUCAAACUCCAGCUGGAACUGAAGGACUGCAAGACCCACCCACUGCACAGAACGCGAAAGCUCGACAGGCCGUGUCGCGGAUCAGCCGGGAGGAACUGGAGGACAGAUUUCUUCGGAUAAGCGACGACCACCUCCUGCUCAAACAGCAUGCAAACAGACAGGAGGAGAAGAUUAAAAGAAUGACCACCAAGUUAAUGCGGCUUGUUAACGACAAAAGAAGAUCCGAGCAGGCAGGGGGUGGGCCCAGGAGGCUGGGCCAGGCCCUGGAGCUGGAGGAGACGAUCGAGCACUUGCAAGAAAGAGUUCGUGAGCUGGAGAAACAAAACGAGAACCUGCGCAACAAACUCAUUUCGACCAAGCAGCAGCUGCAGCUCCAGGGCCACAGGCCCUGCCCCUACAGCCACGUCCAGUCUCGUGUCAACUCCGGGCUCAGGAAGGGGAAUGAGGCUUCUGGCACGCCCGAGCACGCCAGGAAAGGAAUGAGGCUUCAGAAUUUAGAAGUGAGAUCAUCUGACCUUGUGCUCCCAAAAUAUGGACAGAGUCUGCUUGAGGAUUCAAGGGCUGAAAUAAGAAAUUUGGAGACUGUGAUUGACUCCCAGAGGAAACACAUUGAGGAACUCGAACAUGCCAGAGAGAUCCUCGUGAGUCAGCUGAGGAGGAAAGAAAAGGAGAUUGAAGACUCUCUCCUGAGGCUGAAAGAGCAAGGCACAGCAAGCCAAAGGCUGAACAUUCAGGACAACGUGGAAAUGAUCAAGGUCCGUAAACAGCUGGCUGAGAAAAGCAAUGCUCUUUCAGCUAUGGAAGGAAAAUUUCUCCAGCUUCAAGAGUCUAUUCAGGCUUGCCCUAAGUUUCAGGAAGCUGAUGUUGAUGUGGCAGAACUCAAUGAAGCUCUCGUGCUUAUAAAGGAUCGAAAGCAGCAGAAGAAUGGGGACCCUCUGAUUUUGGAAAAACCAGAAGAUGAGAUCCAUAAAGAUUCAGAACACUCCAUAAGGGAGCUGCAAUUAACACAUGCAGAAACAGUGCAAGAACUUGAGAAGACAAGGAAUAUGUUAAUUAUGCAGCACAAAAUUAGCAAAGAUUACCAGACUGAAGUAGAAACAAUGACUAAAAAGAUGGAAAGGAUACAGAAAGACUACGAGUUCAAGCUGGAACAGGAUGCCCACCUUCUUGAUAUCAGAGCUGCACGGAUUAGAAAACUAGAAGCCCAACUAAGAGAUAUCGUCUACGAUGCAAAAUCCCCUAAGUCCAGACCAGAAAUAUCCCCAGGUGAUCCCAUGGAUGGAUUUGUUGAAACUAUUCAUUUAGAGAAAGGAGAGAACCUUUUUGAAAUUCACAUCAGCAAAGCGAUCUUCUCUCCCGAAGCCAUGCACGCUUUCGGUGACCAGGAACCUGCAACUUUCUGUACUUAUGCCUUCUAUGACUUUGAACUUCAGAUAAGCCCAGUAGUCCGUGGAGGUGCCCCAUGCUAUGACUUCACCUCCCAGUACCUGGUGCAGGCUGACGACACCUUCUGCCACUACAUCCAGCAGAGCAGCGUCACCCUGGAGCUGCACCGCGCCUACGGCGUCGAGUACCAAACCCUGGCCGCCUGCCACCUCAGCUUCAGGGGCAUCCUGGAGGACAACGGCAGGAUCCACAGCACAGCAAACUUAGCUGGAAAAACAGGACAUGUUCAAAAUUACGGUACCAUAGAAUACUGGGUCAGGUUACAAGUUCCUAUGGAUCAAGCCAUUAUUCCCUACAAACAGACAUCCAGUUUUAGGGAACAUGAACAGCCAUCCCAGAAACCACCCCCCAGCCGGAGGCAGCGAGCAGCACAGGCAGACAGGAGGGUCUCUUUUCUGGAUCUCAGUGCAAUACAGGGAGCACGUGUGGUGCAGGAGGUUAAACAGCCAUCAGAGGAUCAGGGGAAGGAGGUGGCUGAAGAAAUUCAGCAGGGGAAAGAAGAGCUCUCACAUCUCUCUGAGCAGCAGUUACCUGAGCAAACAUCAGUUCCUUCUGCAGAUGAGACAGAAGUCAUUGAAGAACUGGAACCAGAAGAUCAAGAUGAUAGACAAGAGGAUGAUGCUGUUGAAUCAAUAAAAACUGACAGUGAUGACUGUAUUAUUUCAAGUCCAGUAUCCACAAAUAUUAAACAGCUGAAUCAGAGUAUCUAUGGCAAUUUGGAAGCGGAAAAAAUCCGGAUUAAAAUCACCUCCCUUGGUCUGACUGACUCACGGAUCACCUCGGAUGAAACAAUCCAGCAGCUGUUUGUGGAAUGCAGAUUAAACGAUUUCCUUGCAGAGGAGACCCCCCUGUCACUCCCCAAACCCACGGGUGCUCAGAGGAUCCACUACAACUACAGCACUGUGAUAAAUGUGGAUAAGGCACAUAAUGGUGCAGAAAGAGAGUAUCUCAAGUCGAUUCUUCUGAAGGCAGAUCCACCUGCUGACAGCCUAAAAUUUACAGUGGUCAGUGAUCCCCCAGAAGACGAGCAGGACCUUGAGUGUGAGGAUAUUGGUUUCGCUUAUGUCAGUUUGAAAGAGAUAUUCCAGAAGCAAAGAGAUAUCAUUGAGCAAGACAUUGAUGUUUUCGACUGCCAGGAUGGCGGGGCAGUGAUUGGGGAGCUCAGGGUGACAGUGGAGGCCCUGCAGGCCCUGCGCUCGGUCCAUGAGGAACUGCAGGAGUGAGUGGGGUGGGAGAGGGACCUUUGCCUGCACGAGUUCCUGCUCCCGGUACAAAGACAUGGUGAUGGUGCAGCAAAGAUGAGAUCUCUGUCAUUCUUACAGUAUAUUUAAUAUACCAUUUAUAUGAAAAGGAUGCUCGAUGUGCAGGUGUACAAUUUUGUAUGCUUUUCAGUCUGGUUUCUUAUUUUUAAGGUCCUUGCUGAAUCACAUAUCAAGCUUUCAACAGUUGAUGGUGUCAAGGUCUAACUCAGUCCUAGCAGUCUGUUUUCAAACCAAACCUGCUUGUAAAUGAUCAGAUACCAGCUGAGGGUACUUUGUCUAAAGAAAUAAGUGAUGGUGAACCUACAAACAGAAAUGCUUGCAGGUUCUUACUCAGAGUAGUUCCAUGCCAUUCCUCCCUCAGGACAGGGUCCCUGCUGCUGGCAGUGCCUGGGCACUCGGCAGGAUCAGCUGCUGUCAGACCGUGGUGCUCAGGGCUGGCUGGGAACCUCCAGAGCUGGAGCCUGCUCAGCUCCUCUGGGCACCAGUGCCUGACUGUCCUCAGAGUGAGAACAAGGAGAUGCAUUUCUAAACAUUACUUCAGUCCAAAUCAAAGCCAGGGCUAGAUCUAAGCACGUGGAGCAGUUUUUGCACUGAAUGUACCAUCUAAUAACUUAAUUAUUUUUUUUUAAAUUCUGGGGAUGGCAUAAAUAUGACCACGUUUGUCAUUUGUUUCAGCCAUUUAACAUUUUGCACAAAACCAAAAAUUACAAAGCAUUUUAGUGUUGGUUUUCCUGGUUUGCAGUAUGCCAUCUAAUUACCAUCGAGUUCUAUGAAGCAGUUGAUAAAAAACAGGUGUUAUUGUUAACAGUGUGGUUGGCUCAGAUAAUUUUUCUGUAUAUAUUUCAGUGGUAAACAAUUUGUUAUGGUUUACUGCUGGGUUGUUUGGGGUUUCUUUAUAUUAGACUUAGAUUAUUUUAAGACUAAGGAAACAAACCAAUAAAUCAAACAGAUCAGUCUUACACUGAAAUUAUCUUCCUAAGUUUCAUUCAUGAAUUCUUCACACAUUUUAGAUUUUCAAAGAUUUUCCCUGAGCUGUGAGAAACAGGGAUAUAAAUCUGUAACCUCUGUCCACACCCAUUCUGUGUAUCAAAAUAUCUGUUAAUUCAGGGGUCCAGCAUCAAUAGCUGCAAGACAGGCCUUGCACAUGAUCUAGCAAUGAUUUGUUUAACAUUUUUGUAGAUUUGGGAAACAACCUGUUUUCUGUUUAGACAAACUGUCAUUCUUGUUGAAUGCAAAAUUAUUUCCUUAUGUAUUAAAGUCACAAGAACUUGAAAAAAUGUUGGGAAAAUGUGGUCCUUCUACUACAAAAAAACUCAAUUUGAACCUUCUUUUGCUUGAAAGACUGUUAUCAACCAGUAGUUAUUCUGAUUACUGACUCAUAAACUUGCUGAUAGCCUUUGACUUCAGUUAUAAUGAACAACAGAAAAUGUUUUACCUUAUGUACAGGGCAAUCUUCCCAGAGAAAUUAAAGGUGACACCAAUCAGCAUCUGACUCCAAACACACAGUACACGAACAGUAAAUAAAAAUCAGCAAACUUAGUAAAAGAACUUCAGAAAAUCUUUA